UGAGCAUGCACUUUAUUCUGCUGUAUGUAGUAAAACGCGAUGCACUACAUCGUCAUAUUGCUUGCCACUAGUUGCCUUGGUUUGAUAGACGGAAGCCGCAACUGCACAAACUGUGGGCCUGAAGGAUGCAGCAGCUUGGAACAACCAGUUGUCGGAAAACCCCGGAAAGAUCGCUUCUGCAAGGCUCGCUUCACACCGUCCUGGGAGAAGGACAAGCUACGAAACUGCGUCUGUAAGCGGGGUUUCGUGAGGAACUCCUGGGGAGAGUGCAUUUCCAAGAAAGACUGUUGGCGCUGCAAGCUACGCCUCCACAAGGACUGGCACCGUUGUGCCUCGGCUUGUCCGACAACGUGCGGUCAGCCGGUGCUCACAGACUGCCAAAAGAAGUGCUCAUCGGGAUGCGAAUGCAUCCCUGGCUAUGUGGUACACCCAAAACGUCACCACAAGUGUGUCAAAGCCGACAGUUGCCUGCCGAAGUGUCCGAUUCAUUCAACCUUCAAGCCGUGCGUGUCAAGCUGUGAGCCUAAAUGUAGCGAAAAGCAUCCCAAAAAGUGCGUUCAUCCGUUGCGACACGGGAGGAUGCGUUUGUGACGAAGGCUACGCCUACUUCAUUAGAAAUCGCCAAAAGAUUUGCGUGCAAGAGUCACACUGUCGCUUGUUCGCUCCUCCACCACUCUCUUUUACGUCGAUAGAAACCGAACAGUUCAAUCGUAGUGCAGGCGACAUCAAUCGAUUUAGUGGUGUGGGAAGAAACCCAGAAGGCGCGCCUUCGCACGGUGGCUCAAGAGGUCUCAGCAACCACGCUUCGUUUCCCGGCGCUGAACGCCUUGGUGGUAACUUAGAAAGUGAACGAUCCGAGCUGGACACCAAACGAAGCUAUUCUCAGUGAAGACGAAGUACCUGGUCCCUCUCCUUUCAACGGAGGGCUUGCUGGGGAGGCUUUAAAUUUCUUACGAGAACGUAUGCAUCCAUCAGCCAUCGAAGAAAAUUUUCGAACGGGCACACGCCUGAGUACAGACUUAGCAGAUGCAGCUUCCCUUGAUGAGUCGGGCCAGAACACGC